AUGUCUCGUGCAGUCCUUAUUUGUGGUGCAACCGGAAAACAAGGUGGUGCCGUUCUCAAUAGACUCGUCAAGCAAAAUGCCGAUUUCAAGAUCCUCGCUGUCACCAGAAACGCCAAAUCCCCUUCGGCCCAACGAUUACUCAGUAAAUCACCAAACAUCAAGCUUGUUCAGGGCGAUCUAUCUGAUCCCGCUGCGAUCUUCAAAACUGCCAGGAGUGUCACUGACAAGCCUAUAUGGGGAAUGUUCAGUGUUCAAGUACCUGUUAGUUUCGGUCAAGGAGGUGGUGGUGAAGUCGGACAAGGCAAAGCCCUCGUCGAUGCCGCUCUAGACGCCGGCGUCAAAUUCUUUGUCUACACUUCAGUCGACCGACAUGGUCAAGAUUCGGAAAACAACCCAACUCCGGUUCCUCAUUUUAUAGCCAAGCACGAAAUCGAGAAGCAUUUGAUUUCACGCACCGCCAAGACGGAUAUGCAAUGGUCAAUUCUUCGCCCAGUGGCUUUCAUGGACAACUUGACAAACGACUUCUUAGGGAGAUCAUUUGUCACAGCUUGGAAAUUGGCUGUCAAAACCAAACCAGUUCAGCUUAUUUCUGUAACCGAUGUCGGUAUCGCCGGUGCAGAAGCCUUCCUUCAACCUCAGAAACACGCAGGGCGUGCUAUAUCACUUGCCGGAGAUGAGUUGACGCUUGACGAGUUCCAAAAGGUCUUUAAGGAGAAGAUUGGCCGUGACAUUCCUUCCGCCUACAAUUUCGUUGUUUAUCCCAUGAUGGCGAUGGUGAAGGAAUUGGGUUAUAUGUUCAAGUGGUUCAAUGAUGUUGGUUUUGAUGCCGACCUGAAGGCUCUCCAACAGCAAUACCCUGAACUGAAGCCUUUUGGCACUUGGCUUGAGACGGAAAGCGACUUUGCGCGCAAAUAA